AUGGACGCUAUUCUGGUGGCUCUGGCCGUGGGCAAUGGCACUGGAUCUGAAUUGAUCGCCAUAUUCAAAAAGGUCAUUGUCGCAUUAGCAACACCAUACAACGUGGAAGUCCAAUUCUUCACAUCUCCCCGAAUAUACCAUUCCUACUCAUCGCUCCUGGCAAUGAACAACACCGAAGCGGUGACUAGUGAGACCCUCACGGAUGCAGAUCACUAUGAAGCCUUCUGUCGUGAAGUAGUCACUUUGGGAGCGUGCGCGAUAUUUCGAACCUCGAUGAGUGCCCAAGCGCUUUAUAUCGUUCGCGAUCGGCUACAAGCUGUGAAGUUGGAGCACUUUCAACUGAGCUCGUCUACAUCUAUCCUGCUAGUGCGCGAUCAGGCCCAAGGGUUCUACUCCGGUUUAAACACGAUUGACUCAUCCCAGGAGACAGUUUCACGGCGCUCAUAUUUUAGCAAGAGUAUCUUCGAGGAGAUCCUCACCUUCUCAAUUGCACUAUAUAAGUUCCACCUCUUCGACGGGCUGUUCCACCUGUGGGCGCAGGAAUGGAAGGGAUCUUACGGUGUGGAUAUCCACUUCGUACAGGGCGACACGAUGAACCGCAAUCUCCUGGCAUUCGGUAUCCAGGGCCACCAGCUGCUGAUAUGCGGAAAUGAAUACGCCGAUAUCAUGCAGACGAUGCUACUAGAUCGGUUUGGCUUUGGCCCACAGGAGUCUGCGUGCGCUGAGAACGUGUAUCUCUCAGCCGGAGUGAGGCAGGGCCUAAGCGAGUACCAGACAGCACAUGGGUCUGCCGACGACCUGACUGGAAAGGGCGUGGUCAAUCCGACCGCGACCAUUCGCGCGGCCGCAACUCUACUAGAGCGCCAUGGAGGCUGUCAAGGCGUCCAACGCCAGAUAGAUGCUACCCUAGACGAGAUGCGUGCGAAGAACAUCCAGACACUGGAUCAAGGUGGCAUCACUAAGACUGAAGCCUUUGUUGAUGCUCUGCUGGGCAUGGUCGCCCCUUAUCUCCCCCUAAGUGUUGGCGCAAGCGAUUCUUCAGGGAGCAGGGAUCUAGCAUCAGCACCACGCGGGAACAAGUCGGGUCUGGUGAUAAUGGAUUUGCAAAACGACUUCAUGACGCAGUAUAGGACGCCCAGGGUGAUGGUACGUCUCAGAAAAUACAUGCCGCAGCUAGUGGACUGGGCGCGUCGCGAGGGAAUGCAAAUUGCCUGGGUGCGAUUUCUUGGCGAUGAAAAAUACCAAUCAGAAAUAUGGCGGCGGCGCAACCAGCUCCAGGGGAGGCGGAAUUGGUGCAAAGAAGGUAGCUGGGGGGCGGAGAUUGCCAGCUGCGUGCAGAUUCAGCCACACGACCGGGUCUUUGACAAAAAGGCACACUACGAUCCAUUCCUAGCGGCGGGAUUUACGAGCUAUGCGAUGGGGUUUCAGCAUUUCGUGAUGGCGGGCCUAUUUACGGAUAUUUGUGUCGACGCGGCGGUCCGAGGGGCCUUUCAGCGGGGAUUAUGGACCACCGUGGUCCGUGAGUGCACGGCGGGUUUGCAUUUGCUGGAGGAGCAGAGUUUUGCUUAUAUGCAAGCCGUGUAUGGCUCUGAGGUGGUAGGGAUCGGUCAAUUACUUUCUACUAAGCCGGUGGCUAGUCUAUAG